CGGGAAACUCCGACAGCAUUUGAAGGCAGCAUCUUAUAGUCCCGUCUUACCAGGAAGACGAGCAGAAACAUACGAGCGACACUCGGUCAGUCCAUGGGAUUCCCCUUCUUGAAUUACUAUAAUACAGGAGCACGUGAAGAAAAGGGGGAAUCAUUUCAUCCCAGACAACAACUGUAACAUCUGUGCAGUGGAAUGGAUAGCCAGGAGGUGGGGGAUUUACUGGAGGAGUGCUUGAGAGCAGCAGCUCCACAGUCCAACCUGCCCACAGAGCCAGAGAGGCUGAACUACUGCAGCUGCAGAGACUCGCUGUGUGCAGAACUGGCCUCUCUCCUGCAGGAGGCAAUAGAGAUGAAGUGGCCCUUUGUGCCAGAGAAGUGGCAGUAUAAGCAGGCAGUCAAUGCUGAUGACAAGAACAACCUCAGUGAGCUCAUCAGCAAGCACCUAUCUCAGCUACUGGCUUUGUUAAAGGCUUCCAUCAUGGCUCAGGAGGCAUGCGUGGCACUGGCAGUGGUCUUUUUAGUGGACCGCUUCCUCUACUGGACUGACGAGUCCAGUCGGCUGCUAAAGAUCACCAAGCUGCUCCACAGGCGCCACCGUGACGCUCCUGUUGCUCCUCAGCUGGUCAUACGACAGGCCAGGGUCUAUCUCAACUCUGGCAAACUGCAGAAGGCAGAAUACAUCCUGAGCAGUCUCAUUAACAAUAAUGGGGCAACAGGUUGUUGGGUGUACCAUUCCGAAAGUGAUAAGGCUCUGGUACAAGCUGUUAGUGUUCAAGUGCGUGGAAUGAUUUUGCAAAAGCUGGGUCUGUGUCUCGAAGCUGCAGAGUUAAUCUGGGCUUCCCUAGUUGGCUACUACUCACUUCCGCAACCCGAUAAAAAGGGCAUUGGAACUUCACUUGGCAUACUAGCUAACAUACUGGUGUCAAUGAAUGAUGAGGACUUUCAUGCUUUUAGAACAAAUCCAGAUAUUGAAUUGAAGUCUCUACUUGGGGACGGGAGUCAUCGUCUUCUCUCAGCAGCUCAGGCUGCAAAGAUGGCAGUGGUGUACAGCCAGUACACUUCACUCUAUGUGAUGACCAAUGUGGCAACUCAAGGGACCUGCUUGUUAUCGUACAGUUUCUCAGUGGAGUGCCCUGACUCUCAGAGACAGUCUUUUCUCCUGCAGGCUAGAGAGGCAUUUGAAAUUGGCCUGCUCACUAAAGCAGAGCAUGAGCUGGUUACCAGUAAGCAGGAGCUUCACACACUCCUCAAGGCUGCCUAUUCCCUCACUGUCACUCACAGAUGGCUCGGCACUCCUCCAGAAGUUGUGGCACAGGCGACACAAGCUUGCCAAAAAGCUUUAGCUAUUUUCUAUGAUUACUGCCAUGCAGAUACUCAAGACAGAGAUAACCUCUGUGCUGAGAUCAUGCAUCUUGUUGCCCAAGUCAAGCUUCUGUUGCGAGUUGAGCCUUUCCUUAAUUUAGACAAAGGGUCUUUUAUUCCUGACACUUACAGAAACAUCAAACACACAUCAGUAAAUUUUACUCUGGAAAGUUUCUCUAAGGUGAUGCAGAGAUUCCAGAAGUAUCAUGCAUCACUGUGCGAGACCCCCAGCUCAAACUGUAAAGGGACUAAAGAUGAGCUAGAUGGAAGAGGGCUGUGUAUAACUGCGCUGGGGACAACCAUUGGUACACUUAACACAGAAUGCAGCACUGAGGCCCGCAAAGUGCCAAAAGACACACCCAAAGGGGGGGAGACACAACAGAGAGGUUCAAAUUCAUCUCUUCUGCAUUCACCUCAAAAGCCUGACAUGUGUACCACUCUAGGAAGCACAGAUGAGCUUGGCUCCUCAUGGCAGAGCCUCUCCUUGAGUAGUUCAGGCUCUCCUCAGCCCGGCAGCAGUGGCUACACCAGAGGUAGUGCCACUGAACAUGAAGCAAGUGUGGGGAAUCAAAGCUGCCUGACCACUGAGGUUGAUGAAAGCAUGCUGCAGUCCACUCACAGAAACAAGAAGCAAAACUCACAUGGUCUCAGUUCACAGAAACCAUCAGUAGCUGAAGGAGUGCCACACUCUUUAUCCCAGCUAAAUCUCAAAACAUCCUCCAGCUCUUUCAGUGAUAGUUUCAGUUCCCAGUCAUCAUGGGAAAAAGUCUCAGCUGACCUGAGCUUCCCCGCUAACAGAAAACCUCAGCCAAAUAGCCUAUCAAAAGCAGGAAGUGACGAGUGCAGUAAGUCACCAGAUUCAGAUGGAAGCUUCUUUCUUCUAGAAACACUUGAUUCGGAAACCAGUGAUUCACCUCAAGAUCCCAAGUACAAAAGCCACACAUCUGGAAGGCAAUAUGGAGCUUCAUCCAAACCGCCACCUAAUGGUGCCCCAGAUAUGAAUACUGAGAUUGACUCUGUAUUUGUAAAACCUGCUAUCAAGAACUCUUUUGCAACCCCAGAGCCAAACCUUCCCCAGUGUACCUCCACUGAGAGUUCAUUUGAAAUGCUGGAGGAGAAUCACCAACACAGUGAAGCCCCUUCUACAGAGAAUGCGAAUGUCCCUCAGAGGAAGAACCCCUUGUGCUACAGCUGCCUAAAGCAUAACACUGCUGUUCCUAAGAGACAGUAUUCCUUGUCACAUCAGGAUUACCAAGCCUUACUGGCUGGAGUUUGCCAUGAAUGUCUGCUGAAGAGGCUGCACAGUAACAAAACACAAUUCAAGCUGAAGGAACACAGAACUGCCUACAGUGCUCUUCAUUUAAAGUUCUCCAAAGCAUCAGAACUGUGGACAGCCAAGGAGACCUGUGUUUACAUUGGAGAGCCCAUGGGGAUGGAAGGCAAGCAGAGAACAGCAAUAUGGGUACAGUUUCUACACCAGGAGGAGAGAUUAAGCAGUUAUGUGGGGAAGGAUUACUUGAAGCCAAAGCAGAUCCAGUUCCACCUGAAAGAUGUGGAGAGGCAGAUGACAGCCCAGUACUAUGUGAACGAAUUCAACAAGAGCCUCUAUGACAAAGAAGUCAUGGCUCAGAUCUUCUUCAUUCCUUCAGAAGCACUGCUGAUUUUGAGUGGAAAUGAGAUUGUGGGCUGUGUAACAGUGGAGCCCUACAUGCUCGGAGACUUUGUCAAACUGACCAACAACACUGGAAAGAAGGACAAGAGUUUCCAGGCUACAGAAUAUGGCCUCGCCUUUGGACACUUCACCUACCUCUUCUCUGACUGUCAAGAAGUUGUUGUAGACCUACAAGGAUGGGUUACAGCCAAUGGCAAAGGGCUGACCUACCUCACUGACCCCCAGAUCCACUCCACCAAGACCCCCAGAGGACCCUCCAACUUUGCAGACAGAGGCCUCAGGUACUUCCUGGAAGAGCAGCAUGGAGCAGAGUGCAAUGGCAUUUGCCAGCUGCUCAAACUACCUCCAGUGGUCAGACAGCCACACGUUCUUCCUCAGAAACCAUAAGGAGCUUCAGACACUAAGUUAUUUUUAGCUCAUAAAUAUGAAUAACAUGCCUUUGAUGCAGGUUUCUCAAACUUACAGGUUAUCAUAAUGUAGCUUAAAUGACCCAAGUUACAAUAAGUGUACUGUAUUUUUCAUAGUAUACAUUUAUCUACAGCUCUUAUAAAUUAUGUAUUUUCAGCCACCUACAGUAACCCUGGUUACCUUAGACAGACUACAUCAGGGGUUUACUGAUUCCUCUUAGCUGAACAUAGCAGUAUAUUUUUUGUUUGUUGUAGCAGUCAUGGAAGGGAGGGGUUUACGUUUUAAAUGAGAAACAUAGGAGUUUUGUUUUCUGAAAUACUGAUUAUUAACGUGAGUGCAAUGUUGAGAAAUGCCUGUUAGCAAACCUAAAAAACUGUAUAAACACAAUGGAGUUAAAUCUUAACAUACUUCUGCUUUGUUCUUGCAAACAAAGCCUUUUGUUAUGUAGCACUGUCACUACCAGAUUUCUGUCUAACUGGACUGACGGUGCAGGAAUCACCUGACACCGUGACUAAUACUGCUGUUCCGUCAUAAAACCUUCCUAUCAGUUGCAUUGUAUAGUUUUGUUCUGCAUUUGCCCCUGUUAACACUCUUGUGUUAGCUUUUCUGAUAUGUAGAAAAGGGCUUUCCUUAUUUAAUCAUUAACUUAGUAACCACCUGAUGUUUUUUUAACAGGGGGUUUAAAAAAGUGCCUUGUCCGCAUCAGUAAUGAAUUGUAAAAUGUCAAUAGAUUGCAAAUAAAUAAGAUGUAGAUUUCUUUAUUUAGAUAUAAUGGGGUAGUGACUGAAAGUGACUACAGCAAUGUAGAGACACUAAGUUUUAUAAAUCAAAGGACUUACAAUAUUUAGUUAAGUUGCAGUAGUUCAGCCAGUCAGAUGACUGUGGGUGAGGUAUGGGCCUUUAGGUGAGAUAACCUUGCGAAUGUUAAAGUUUCUUUAUCACUGAUAAAUGUUUGUUUAAAAUGUCCAUUUAUGUAACUUCAGACUAUGCUGAUAUUAAAGUACUAAAAGUAACCUCAGCAUUUACUGUGUAAGUCAAUUGAAGCAUUGGAAACUUAAAAGUCACCUUUACAGUUCUGCACUUUACACUUUUGAAUCAUAGGAAUAAAAAGUCAAGUUAAUGUGAAUGUACAAUGUAAUGUUGUUGGUGAAGUUAAGUUUGUAUACAUCCUGAACAGCAAAACCAAUGAGGGAAGAAGAAUUGUGUGUCAAAGUACACCAGUUUAAUGAUUGCAGUUACACCCCUUCAUAUCAUAUGACAGUGAUGUCACACAUGACCCUGCUCCCCAGUCAACCAAAUUCAACUUCAGUGUUUAUCACCCUCCUGGCAGCAUCCUUUACCCUUGGCUCACUGUGCACAGGCCUGGCACUCACUCUGAUUACACACACUACGAAAAGUGAGCUUUUCUAAACAUGUUUACCUGAAAGGU